AUGAAUUCGCUGUGGACAUCGAAAGCCGGCAGCGACAUGCCCGAUGGGUCUAAAGGGCCUGUGGAUGUAGCGGAUACAGGAGUCGCCGCCGAAGGUACAUCCGGACCGACCCAUCCAACCUCAGGCCAACCGCCAGUUCGACCGGGCCUACAGAGGAAUUCCAUGUCCAUCCCGCCGCCCCAACCUCCGCAGGGAAACCAGCUGCCCGAUUCUCUGUCUCUGGCCCAGCUCCGCCUCAUUGUCUCAGAAUUCCCCCGCACCGAGGCAGUGGCAUACGACUUCGUCUAUUCCGACACGGGGCCGCAUGCUGAAGAGAUCGACGAGUGGUUCGUCUAUCAGUUCUGGCAAUGGGUGCGACUUAACACGGCGCAACGAGGCUUUGAAGCUCAAUGGGAGCAGGAUGUCGGAUCUAAGCACGAAUACAUGGAAUGGGAUGAGGCAACCGACGACAUUAGAUCCACCUUCGUGCGCAGCGCUCUCGAGCAAAUCAAGACGAACCAGAAUGCCCCCCGCGCAGCUGCGGUGGGCAGGAUCAUGUAUAUUGUCUUGGGACGAUGGAGUGAUACCGCCGGCACCCCACCUUACGGUGACAAGUCGAAGCUUCGGAGCGCUGCUGCCCCCGACCAGCUGGCGGCAAUGAAGGCUGGCAUCAAGUUGGUUGCCCAACUAGACGGCCUGCCCGUUGUGUGGACGGCUAUGCAGAAUGCUCUCGACGUAUUGGCUGUAGAGUCGCCGAGAUCGCCGCCCGAUAAUAUCCAGGAAACCCAGGACGAAUUGAUGAACUUAAUGACUAUCAUGUAUAUGACCAUACAGGAGGUAUUGAAUGAUCGAAAGGGUAUGGCUUGGGUGCGGGAAAAAUUACUAGAAUUGAACCCCAACAUUGCGUCUUACAUGUUGGAUGUCGUGGCUAAAAUGAGGUGGAUGGACGGUACUUUGAUACCUAUGACUCAGUCCCUGCUAUUGCUCUGGAAAUGCAUUCUCGUGGUAUUUGGAGGAACCGAAGAGAUCGCAGAAACCAAGAAGGCGCUUAGUGAGACUUCGGCUGAUGAUAAAGACAACGACAUCAUCACUGCAUCUCCGUUAGACUAUCAUGUCUUCCGACAGGAAAUAUCUUCGAAAUACCCAGCGUAUGUUCCACCACAGCUGCCCUUACCACUAGAAGCAGAUAAAACCUCGCUCUUGCCCCCGUUGCCCAAUCAUCCCACGCGCAACAAUGGCUCCAACGGUAUUUUGCCUGCGCCGCCGAACUCACAAAGCGGCGGAGCUUCUAUCCUGCAUCAGCCAGUACAUAUUGCCACCCCUGCACCGUCUCCGCCACCAUCACCGAAUGUAGGCGGAAAGGGUGGCAAGAAGCAGAAUUACCAAACAAACCAAAAUUUUCCGUUUAUGUAUCCGCCUCUAGAUGCCACAAGUAACAGCGCAGGUGGCAAGGGCGGUGCGGGCUUGCAAGACUUUCUGGUUGGUCGUAAGUGGGAAGGGAGCGAUAUCCCUACUUCGAUCAAAGAGGCCGGAGAACUAUUCUCCAAACGAGUACGAAUGACUAGAGCCAUCCGACAACUUUGGGAAGAACGAGAACGGUUUCUAAAGUUUGAAAGGGGCUGGGACCCGUCUGAUGACGACCUUGACAGUCUUGAUCUUGAUGCUCUGUCAGUUGGUAACGAUGAUGACGUAGAUGACGACAAGCUUCUUGCUGUGAUCGAGAAAAGGACAGAGAAGUCGCAAGAGCCUGAUAUAGACUACGGUCCGAACGAGAAUCUCGAUAAGACUAUCAAAUGGCGUCUUCAGGCUGUCGAAAAGUUUUACGAUAAUGCUCUGCCCCAACUGCAGUCUGUAGUCAUGGUCCUUAUGAAGGCCGUUCUCUACAAUGUUACUGCAUGCAUUACCAUGCCGCAGGGUCGCAUGCCUGACGGUAUGGGCAACAAUGCUCGCAUGGGCCAAGGCGGGCAACCUAUGUUCAGAGGCCAGGACGCUCCUGCCGGGACAAACGGUUUGGGCCCUACAGACACUGCUGAUAUGUCGUUGGAGGAACUCGAUCAGGCGAGAGCACGUGAGAUCGAGGGAAAGGCACUGACGGGGACCCUUCUUCUCCUGUUGAAGUGGUUCAAAAUUUCACACAUCUUGAAGUUCGAAUACUUGACCCAGCUAUUACUGGACUCUAACUACCUGCCUCUGGUUCUCAAGCUGUUUGCGCAUCAAGACGUUCAGCAGGUGGUGGACAGCAAGACCGAUCGAUUGGAACACAGUUUUUUUCAAUUUUGCAAUCUCCGGGCUCUUCCAAACCAUAAGCCCGUCGAACCAACAGAAAUAGACGGGCCAGAUGAUGAAAGUGAGGAUGAUGCCAUGCCGCCACCUAUCAAACGCCGGAAAUCGCCCCCGAGGCCCACGCCUGCCACAGCCCAGGGUAGUGAGCCGGGGUCAAACCCAGACGCCCAGGCACCACUUCGUCCGGAAGUUGACGAGCUUGGAUAUCCCGUUAACCCACUUCCAAAAGAACCCAUCACUGACUUUUCCCGACGCAAUUUCUUCUCCCUCAUCAACUACCUCCGAAUCCUGCAGAAGAUCUGCAAAAACAAAGCGCAUCGGAAUCUUCUGCUCGUGCAGUACAAAUCCUCCAACAUCAUCCGGAAAUCGCUCAAAGUGCCCCAGGAUGAACUGCGUCUGUACACCUUGAAGCUAUUUAAGAACCAGGUUCCCUACUGUGGCCGGAAGUGGCGACAGAGCAACAUGCGCGUCAUCACGGCGGUAUACCUCCACUGCCGCCCCGAACUGCGUGACGAGUGGCUGGCCGGCAGCGACGUCGAUGCCGAGGUGGAGGAGGCGCUGCCGUUGGAGCAAGCGCUCCGCAGUCUGACGCACUGGUGCAAUGUGCAGAGAUACCCCGAGAAGAUGGCUGCCGAUGUGAGAGAGGCGCUGCAGGAGGAACAGGAUUUCUUCAAGCGCGAGCUCGAGAAAUUGGAAGUGAACUGGCCGGAUGCUGGCGUAGUCGAGAGUAUAGAGGGAGAAUGGGGGCCGGGGCCUACGGGUGCAUGGCCACAAGGCCCCUGCUGA